AUGUCCAAAGUGCUGAUCUACAGCGGACCCGGUGUAGCAUCCUCGGCGCUUCUGCACACGCUAGGCACCUUGAAGAGGUUGCUGCCCACGUACGACGUCCAGCUCGUCAGUGCCCAAUCGCUGGCUCUAGAACCUUGGGAAGGCGAUGCUGCGCUGCUUGUCCUGCCCGGCGGUCGAGACCUGCCUUAUGUCGCGGAGCUGGGCAAGUUGAGGAGCAUCGUCAGCGCUGGCAGCAGCGGGAGCGCACCGACCUCGAACGCCUCUUCCACAACAUCCCCUCCACCACGGCGAGCCGACGAGCGAAUCAGAGCAUACGUAGAGCAAGGCGGAUCUUUGCUUGGGAUAUGCGCGGGAGCCUACUACUCUUCUGCCGUGUGUCACUUCCAACCUGGAACAGACAUGGAAGUGGUCGGCGAUCGGCCCGCUCUGCAAUGCUUCCCAGGGACUUGCGCUGGUACUGCCUACGACGGCUUCGUCUACGAGAGCGAUGCAGGAGCCAGGCUGACCAAGCUCGACGUCGAAGCUUCGCAGCACGGCUCAAGAGACAAUCACCCGGCAAGCAGGGCUGGCAGCUGGACAUGCGCAUACAACGGCGGAGGCGCGUUCCUCCUUCCAGAGGAUGGCAAGGCGACUGUGGAUGGAAGGCAGGUGCGAGUCAUUGCUCGGUAUCCUGCCCUGGAAGCAAGAGAUGGCAUCAAGCCGCAGUUUGCAAGUCAACCAGCAGUGGUUAGCAUUGAUGUCAGCAGCUCAUCGAGUGAAACGUCAAAGAGCGGUGGAAGGGCACUGCUCUUCGGCACGCAUCCAGAAUUUCCCAUACACGCCCACUCGAGGACGAUUACGCAAGCGGCAGGAUCUGAUGCUACGGAAGGAGCGACCAAGGAUGGGGCGGAAGGCUUGACAGCGGCUUCCCUUUCUUACCUCGAGAAUGAGCGUUUGCGACUCUUUGCAUCGACGCUGCAGACUGAGCUCGGCCUCGAGGUGGACCUCCCGGCUUUUAUAGCUCCGCCAGACGAGUCUGAACCUAUAGCAGGCGCAGCAUCGGCAACCCCAUCUGCGUCGGCACUCGACACCAAUCGGAUUCGCCUCACACCGUUGUUCGCAAUGUCGAACAUGCCUGGUCUGAUUGGCAACUGCUUGGCGCUUCUGCAUACCCAAGAUGCCGAUUCAACACCAGCGCAGCAGACCGAUCUUCCUCACCUGCUCUCGCCUGAUCUGCUGGACGAGUCGUCUCCCACACCUGGGCUAGUCUCGGACUCACACUUCUUCUCCAAUGCAGACAGCAACGACUUGCUGCACUACUACUCUGCGCCUGCAGUAUCGCACGUCGUCAAACGGGCGUUGCGAGAGGCCGACUAUAGCCCUUAUGAAGAAGAGGUGCAGGUACAAGCUUCUGGUGCGGAUGCCGAGACUGUUGGCAGAGUGGAGACUAGCAGGGAGGUGAACCUACACAAGGUGCCCAAAUACAUUCUCAUAUUUCCCGGAUCUCCUCUCGCAGCUCCAGGCUCGCUAGCAGCAACCUCCUUUCUCCCCGAUCCCAAGACUCUAACCCCUCACUUUGACAUGGCAGAAUAUUUCAGAUGCCUGGAGGUAUCCCGAUCAAGGAUAUUGGAUUCGACAGUAAGCUCACUCGCUCAACUGAGACCAAAAUCUUCGGGCUUUGGUGGAUGGCCUGCAUCAGAAAGCGAGGAAAGGCUGGGGCAUUCGAUCUUGUACGGGGAGGUCGUUACAAGCACUCAGACCUUGCUCGAAAAGUAAGCACCUCCGGCCGACGGCGGUGAUUCGUCGAGUCGUCGCUGUGCUUACUCUUCUUUUUCUCUCUCUCGUAAACCACCCCCAGAAAUGCGCACCUCCUGGCUCAUUCGCCGCUUGGAGCGACGGUGUUUGCGACACACCAGGUAGCUGGGCGAGGUCGAGGGAAGAACGCGUGGAUCAGCCCCCUGGGUUGCCUGCAAUUCAGUACCGUGCUUCUCCUACCUCAAUCGAGCGCUAGAGGGGUAGUAUUCAUCCAGUACCUGGCAGCGCUGGCCAUCGUCGAGUCCGUCAGAUCAGGUGCUCUGGGCCCAGAUUACGCGAAGCACCUAGGCCCCAAAUUGAGGGUCAAGUGGCCAAACGACGUGUACGCGGACGUAGGGCAAUCUCGGAGCGAAGAAGUCGCAAAGCCUCGAACUGGUACCUUCGUUCACAACGGACGCAACUAUGCAAAACUUGCCGGCAUCCUUGUCAAUAGCCAGUUUGCCGGCAAAGACUUCCAGCUGGUACUGGGUGAGUGGUUUGCCACGAUUGGGUGCCUGCUUGACGCACUCAUACAAUCGCUCAUUUCUCCUCGUCUGCUGGCUCGUACAUAGGCUGCGGCAUCAAUUGUCUCAAUGCUCGACCGACCACCUCUCUGUCCGAUUUGAUCACCAAUCACAACUCUCGCCUGUGUGCUGGUGAAGCCGCGUUGGAACUCGUCUCCCAGGAAAAGCUGGCAGGCGCCGUGCUGGCCACGUUGGAGAAGCUUUGGAGGAUUUUUGCCGGAGGCGGCGGCUCCUUUGAGCCGUUCAUCCCUCUGUACGAGCAGGUGUGGUUGCAUUCGUGAGUGCGCUUCUCUAGUCCUCGAGAUGCCCACAAAGCCGAAGCAGCAUGGCAGCCGCACCAGCUUGACUGACACGAAUCUACGUUACUCGAGCUCAGCGAUCAGGAAACCACCUUGUACGACCGCGAGCCGCCACAACGAGCGCGUAUCGUGGGCAUAGCAGCCGAUCACGGUACCCUUCGCGCGGUGCCGAUAGAAUCAAAGCUGACCUCCACUAGCCCGGGAGCUUGGGGCAACGCAGGAAGCGGUAUUGCCGAAGAGCCUUGGAUCGAUCUGCAGCCUGAUGGCAACAGUUUCGACAUGAUCAAGAAUCUCAUCAGAACCAAGACUUGA